AAUAGCAAGAAGCAGAGUAAAAACGAAAAUCAUUCUUCAGCUCGCGUAUUGUGUUUUGUUUCAAAUCAUUUAAAUAAAUCUCACAAGAAAUGGCUACAGUUGAAGCACUUUACAAAGAACUGACUGCGGAGUGGACAAAGAGACCCCCAAACACCACAAAGUGCGGCCAACUGCUGGAACAACUGAAGGUAGCUUUGGUCAAGUUGUCAUUUCUGCCCACCGAUGGCAACGAUGCACAAAGCUCUAAGCGCCAACUUCUGCUGGCUCGCGCUGUGCUGGAAAUAGCCGUUGAGCACAGUGUGGUAACGAAGGACUUGCUUGCUUUUGAGCGCUACAUGUCACAGCUUAAAUGCUACUACUACGAUUAUGCUAAGAUCAUUGGCGAAUCGGACAACAAGUACAAGCUAUUGGGUCUUAAUCUGCUUUACCUGCUCUCGGGAAAUCGCGUAUCCGACUUUCACACUGAGUUGGAGCUGCUUUCUGUGGAUAUCAUACAGCAUAAUCAGUAUAUUCGUCCAAUCUUGGCGCUGGAGCAGUACAUCAUGGAGGGCCGCUAUAAUAAGAUAUUCCAGGCUAAGUCCUCAAUGCCGGCUGAAGUCUAUAAUUACUUCAUGGAUCUGUUAGUGGAAACUGUGCGAGACGAAAUUGGUGCCUGCAUUGAAAUGUCCUAUGAGAAAAUAUCCGCCAAGGAUGCUGCCAAGCGCUUAAAUUUGCGCGUGCCUGAUGAGAUUAAGGCUUUUGGUCAGAAGCGCCAGUGGAAGCUGGAGAGCACUGGAAAUUACAGUUUUACGGAUAGAAGCAUUAAACCCAAGGAGCUGUUGCCUUCCGAAGAAUUGGCCGAGCAAGUACUCAGCUAUGCGCGCGAUCUGGAAAUGAUAGUUUAAGCAGCAAACAAAAAUAAACUUUGUAAUUAUAAUAAAACUCUUACAUUAAAGUCA